AUGCAGGUUUGCACUGUAGAUGAAGAUGAAGAGGCAGCUGGUAGUGGUAGGAGAGAAAAUGGAGAUUCUUGCUCAGUUUCGCAUCUCCAUGCCAAACACAGGCUCUCUAAGAGUGCUACUGAGAGGAACUUGGAUAAUCCAAGAGGUGGAGUUUCACAUCCAAUACAGAACGAUUUCACCGAAUCACAUGAAUUGCAACCGUCAGAAAGCACUUGUGGAGCACAAAGUCCCCUUCUCGAGUACUCCAUCAACACUAACACAGAUAAUGCAUCAAGUCAUCGAGCCUCUUUGGAAAAGGAUAUUGAGCAGCUGCAAUUGCGUUUGCAGCAAGAGAAAUCUUUGAGGAUGGUGCUUGAGAGGGCAAUGGGUCGUGUUUCUAGUACCUUAUCUCCUGGACACAGGCAUUUUGUUGCGCAGACAAAGGAAUUGAUAGCAGAGAUCGAGCUACUGGAAGAAGAGGUUGCAAAUCGCGAGCAGCAUGUUCUCUCUCUCUACAGAAGCAUUUUUGAACAUUGUGUUAGUCGGCCUCCUUCUGAGCAAUGCUCGGGCAUGACUUCGCCAGCCCAUGUGAAGAAUGAAUCUAGGAAACACCCAAGUGUAAUUUCGAGUGCCUUUUGUUCCUCAAAAAAGUUCCCUUUGAGACCUUUUCAAGCUCUGGCUUCCGCAAAUGACGCGGGGAAAAGAACCUUACUGUUGCAGUCUAAGGCAAGACAUGCCUCAUUGCUUAGUUCCAAAUCCAACAACCAAUUUGAGAGGACUUGGUCAGACCAUCGUAAGGGUCAGGAAUUGCUACCAACAAUGGAGAAAACUUCUGUGCUACGAACCCUAAAAGAUCAUCUCUACCAGUGCCCAAGCAAGUUGUCUGAAGAAAUGGUCAGGUGUAUGGCUGCUGUCUACUGUUGGCUUUGUAGUUCAGCUUCUGAAAGUAUAGAACAAAAACAAAACCGGUCACCUUUACUCUCAAGGUCGUCCACCAAUGUUGUACUCCCCGGACGUGGAAUCAGUGACGACAGGGAUUGGUCAUGCAAAUCCAUGGUUGAAAUAUCUUCAAUAUCAACUGAUCAGAACAACUUCACUCGUGCAUCUUAUGCCAUUGACAACUACAGGUGGGUUUAUUACUCACUAAAAAGAGGUGGGAAAAGAAAAGAAAGAAGGCAAGAGAAGGUUGAUUUUUCUGUCAUCUACUUGGUUCAUUCUCUAUUGGGCAUAUAUUAAGUUCCUCCAAACAGAGGACAGAAAAAAAUGGAAACCAAGCAUUUUCAUCACCCAAAAAGCCACAAUGAUCUUAGAUUAUACAAAACUUGGGGGUAGGAUAUAAGUUUCCAAUGCCUUUUGUGGAUACAAAGAUCCACAUUGUUGGCUCCAUGUCACUGUUGGCUCCAUGUCACUGCCACAUCAUACUCUCCAUAUGCUUUGGGUUUCAUGUGUCAGCAUCGGGUGGUGACACCAGGACCAACAAAUGUGUUGGUGCUCCACUUUGGGGUCAAGCACUUGGGGGCUAACAUACAUGGUACUUUAGCCUUGAGCCCAAGCACUCAAGGGCAAUCUCCAAGAAGCCCAUAGGUGUGCUUGGCCUACCUUGCUCAGUUGAGUGAUCCCUCAAGGCUGGCCCUGAGAUUUAGGAGGCCUAAGGCGAAUUUCGGAAAUGGGGGCCCCUCUUACAUUGAAAAAAAAAAAUUAUGAAUAAAACGAUAAGUUACAACUUUUUUAUUUGUUUGUAGCUACGAAAAAAAUUACUUACACAUA